AAAGUAAACACUUGAAUCAAGUAAAUUGUAAUUAAUUUCUUACCAUUAAAUCAUCGCCAUUUUGUUGUUCAUCUUUAUUAACUCACUUGCCUUGUGUUAAUCAACCAAAAAAAUUAAGGUUAUACAUACAAGAUCAAAUUGUCCAUCACAAUUACUAAUGUAAAAGACAAAGACAAUUAACUUAAUUUCUCAUAAUACAAUAUGAAUUAUCAUCUAAAACAAUUGGUAUUAAUUAUAAUCAUCACAACAACAAUUACUUUGAAAAUCAAUGCAGGUAAUUUAAAUUCAUCUCUUUCUGAUGAUUUUUUGAAUCAAUGUUUUAAUGGCGAUGAAUUUGAUUGUUCAUCAAAAGAUAUUGAAAAAAUUCCGGUUCCUUUAUUUUUCUCAACUGGAAACUCAAUCAAAUUUGCUUACAAUAAGAUUUCCGAUUUGGACCAACAAUUAACUGACAAUGGAAAUGUGAUUAAAAUUGAUUUCUCAAUGAACAAAUUGAGAAACAUUUUGGAAUCAGCUUUCAGCAAUUUAACUUCAGUCGAGGAAAUUGAUUUGUCUCACAAUCAAUUAUGGCUUUUUGAUUCGGAGACAUUUACUAGUUUGUCUAAUCUUAAAUCACUUGAUUUAGGUUUUAAUUCAAUCAACUUUGUGGACUCGGAUUUAUUUCGUGAAUCACAAAAAUUAACUAAAUUGUGCUUGAAUAAAAAUAGUUUAAGUGUCAUUCCUGAAGAAGCUUUUGAACAUUUAACUAAUCUGGAAGAAUUAGAUUUAAAUGAUAAUCAAUUGAAAGAAUUACCUGACAAUUUGUUCAGAUACAAUUUGAAGCUUCGGACUUUACAUUUAAGUGGAAAUAAUUUCAUCUCGAUUCCAUCGAAUGGACUUAAGGAGAUCCCGAAUUUGUAUCUACUUGAUCUAAGUAGAAAUCGAUUUACUCGACUUCGAUAUCCAGCAUUUGAGAAGCUUUCAAAGGUCACAGUUCUACGAUUGGAUGGACAAAACGAACUUCGGUCAAUUGGUCCACAUACAUUCCAAGGGAUGGAUAGAUUGACCUAUUUCUAUGCGAGUGAUAAUAAGAAUUUACGAUUCCUCGAUUCGAAGGCUUUUCUUGAUAACAAGACCGAUAAACCGAUGCAACUUUCAUCUUUUGUGUUUAGACACAAUUCAGUGACCACUUUGUCCGGUCAAUUGUUGGACUGGUCAAAGGUUGGGAUGGUCGAUUUGUCUGGUAACCCUUGGAACUGUGAUUGUAACCUUGAUUGGAUGAUUCAACUUGAGAUGCCCAAUGAAUUAAAAGAAAGAGUUAUUUGCGAUCAUCCUUUAUACCUUAAAGAUCGAAGUGUCUUCAAUUUGACCUCAGAACAAUUUAAAUGCUCAUUCCUGUUUAAUCACGAAUUCACCAUAAUUGGAACGAUACUUUUAAUUAUAACCAUCUCAAUGAUUAUGGUUGUUUUCUUGUACAUUGUGGUUAAACUUUUACCUUGUUCCAAGUUUCGUAAUCCAUUUCGUAAAAAUUAUGGCUACUCAAAGGUCAAGGUUUCACGGAAAGGUAAAAAUUAUGACCUCGAAUGGGAUCCGGCCCUUGGAGAUCCCAAUAAUUAACUAAUAAACAUGACACAACACAAUACAUGUAAUGUAAAGAUACUUAAUUAAGCGAUUAAAUAUUUGUAUUGACUAAA